AUGUGGCCACAAUUAAAAAUUGUACAUGGCAAACCGCGCCAUUCCCAGAGUCAAGGGAGUGUAGAAAGAGCCAAUCGGGACGUGGAGGAAAUGAUAAGAGCUUGGAUGAUAGAUAACGAUUCCACUCAAUGGAGCGAAGAAGAAGAUGUAGAAGAAGUAACUGGUUCAGUGAUAAAUGAAACUUUAGUGCAAACAGAAGAAUCAGAUCAGAUUGAGGAGGAAGAUCUUCAAACUACUGAAGAAAUAUUAUUUUAUGAAGAAUCGGAUAAAUCAGAUCUGAUUGAGCAGCUAGAAACCCAAACUACUGAGGAAAUAUUACUAAAUGAAGGAACGGACAAAAUAGACCAAAUUGAAGAGAGCGAAGUCCAAACUACCGAAGAAACAUCAAUACUAAAUGAUGUUCACCUAAACAUUAAAAAAAAUCAACAAAUAGCCGUCAUGGGACUAGAGCAACAAGCAAAACGUAUGAAGUCUCAGAGUGAUUCCAAAUAUCCACCACUCGAAUGUGGAACAACCGUAACAAUUCCAGUACCCGAUGUGGACCGGAGUAAAAGUGAUCUCAGAAACCUUAUAGGGAUAAAAAAUAAAAGAUAG